GGCUCAGGUUGGUGGAACACAGGAGAAUCGACACGCUGCAGAGGCUCUGUGGAAAGUAUUCUUCUGCAUAGGAACUCCUAAAGAGCAGCACUGCAGGAGGCUAGUUUGGCCCCACGACUGACGAAGAGCAUUUCUGUCUUGUCUGGAUUUAAUUUCAACUUGUUCACCUUCAUCCAAUCCACCACUGAGGACAGGCACUGGUUCAGGGGUCGAACGGCUUCCUUGGCAUCAGGAGGAAAGGAGAAGUAAAGCUGGGUGUUGUCUGCAUAUCGAUGGUAACGAACUCCAAACCUCCGGAUGACCUCACCCAGCGGCUUCAUAUAGACGUUAAAUAACAAAGGAGACAAAAUAGAACCCUGUGGAACCCCGCAGGUCAAAGGCCAGGGGGCUGAGCAGGAGUCUCCGAGUAUUACCUUCUGGGUUCGACCCUCCAGGAAGGAGCGGAGCCAACAUAAAACAGUACCCUGAAGCCCCAUCCUGGAUAGGUGAUCCAGAAGGAUACCAUGGUCAAUGGUAUCAAAGGCCGCCGAGAGAUCCAGGAGAACCAACAGGGACACACUCCCCCUGUCUAAUUCCCUUCGAAGGUCAUCCACCAAGGCGACCAAAGCUGUUUCGGUCCUGUGGCCAGGUCUGAAACCAGAUUGGAAUGGAUCGAGAUAAUCCGUUUCCACUAGGAACCGUUGAAGUUGACUAGUCACCACCCGCUCCACUAUUUUACUUAAGAAAGAAAUUUCAAAAUCAUCUUACAAAUCUGGAGGAAGUGAUGUAGACAGCAUCUGAAUGUAAAAGGAGCAGUGGCUCACUGUCCUUUUGUUAUCUUGAAAAGCUUUGUACAUUCAUUCAAUGCCUAACAUUGCAGACUCUCAACUAGAGAGUGGUUCUGGAGAAAAUGAACAUGGACCUGGAAGAACAGCUUCAGAAGUUAAUCUUCAUGGUACUGUAAAACCAUUUUGUGCUGCGGGUGCCUCUCUUGUUUCUCUUGGAUCUAGUGGGGACAGGCAUUAUCCAUGGGGAUGUCCGGUGACUCACACCCGAGAAAAGUUUUACACUAUCUGUUCAGACUAUGCUUUUUUAAACCAGGUAACAUCAAUUUGCAAAAGCCCAAGUGCUACAGUUAGUGCCUGCCUACAAGACAACCCUGCCUUAAAUGUUGGAAAUAAUUCUCCUGCUUUUAUUGGCAUUCGAACUGGCACAUCGGACAUAGUUUACAAUGAAGAUACUAACUUGGAAAGUUUGUCCAAUAGCCUUGGAAAACUCCCAUUGGCAUGGGAAAUUGAUAAGUCUGAAUUCAGUGAUUCAUCCCCAGAUCUGAAGAAUCAAGCAGGUAACAUGAAGAAGCAAGGAACCAAGAAAAUGUCUAUAGAAAAAAAAAGUAAACAUAGAGAAUGUCCACAACAUUAUGCCCUUGAAGAAAUAAAACAACGAAAAGUGUUAGACCUCCGAAGAUGGUACUGUAUAAGUCGUCCACAAUAUAAGACUUCCUGUGGAAUUUCCUCUUUAGUAUCUUGCUGGAAUUUCCUAUAUAGCACAAUGGGAGCUGGAAACUUACCAUCUAUUACUCAAGAAGAGGCUUUGCAUAUAUUGGGAUUUCAACCUCCUUUUGAAGAAAUUAGAUUUGGACCAUUUACUGGAAAUACUACAUUAAUGAGGUGGUUUAGACAAAUUAACGAUCAUUUCCAUGUAAAAGGAUGUUCCUAUUUUCUCUAUAAACCUCAUGGGAAGUAUAAGACAGCUGGAGAGACUGCUUCGGGAGCUUUGACAAAGCUAACAGAAGGACUGCGCGAUGAAUCAAUAGCCUACAUUUAUCAUUGCCAAAAUCAUUAUUUUUGCCCAAUUGGAUUUGAAGCAACCCCAAUAAAACCUAGCAAGGCAUACAAAGGGCGUCUCGUACAGCAAGAUGUGGAGCAUUGGAUACUCAUUGGAGAGCCAAGCAGAAAACACCCCACUAUUCAAUGCAAAAAGUGGGCAGAUAUUGUAACUGACUUGAACACACAAAAUCCAGAAUAUCUAGAUAUUCGACACUUGGAAAGGGGUCUUCAGUAUCGAAAGACAAAGAAGGUAGGAGGAAAUCUGCAUUGUAUCAUUGCUGUUCAGAGGCUUAACUGGCAAAGGUUUGGUCCCUGGAACUUUCCAUUUGGAAAUGCUAGACAAGACUUGCAACCCCAGUCACAGACAUUGAGUAUAGCCAAGUCUGAGAGUGAAGACAAUAUUUCCAAGAAGCAGCAUGGGCGCCUGGGUAGAUCUCUCAGUGCUAGUUUCCACCAAGAGUCUGUCUGGAAGAAGUUGUCUCAUCUUCAUGAAAGGCGGAAUAGUGGAUUUCAGAAUUACACAGAUUAUGAUGGGAAUGAUUAAAAAGAACUACUUGCAACAGGUGUACUAUGAAGUAUUCCUUGGGAUGUGGUAAAGCUUAUUAUGGACAAAGUAGAAAAUGGAUAGAAAUUUCAGUACAAAAUGCAAAUUUACCAAUGUUUAUUGGAUUAAACCUGUGGAUAGUUAUAUUGGGGAUGAUGAGAAAGGUUAGCUCAAAGAUAAGCACAGAAUAUUGUACACUUUACAGUCCACGAUAAUCAGCUGUUGACCUGUGUUUCAGACCAUGAAAUCAGAACAAUUUUAGAUCAAAGCCAUUUGUGGCAGCUGGGGAAUCUAUUAGAAGAAAUAGAUAAUACUCAAAAGCAUGAGGUUUGUUAACUUUCCAAAUGAUUUAUUAAACACACAUUGUUUAUUAAACACACAGUGGUAAUAAAUGUAUACUAUGUUUUAGUUUUAAAUUUUUUCAAAAAUGCCAUAAGGACAUCACGGUCCAGUUUAAAAUUUAUCAAACACCAAAUGUUAAAACCUAUAUAAUUAUUGGGUGAUCUCAGUUUGGUGACCAUAGGGGCAUUGUUCUUUACGGAUUAAGUUGUUUGCAUUAAUUGGGGACCUUUGUUGGCAGUCACAGGCAGUAACCCUGUGAAAAAUCCUGGAAAGAUGAAGUACCUGCUUGCUCCUUUUUGAGGGGCAGCAGAAAAAACUUUCACUGCCAGGUGUGUACUCUUUCAGCAUCUUUUUGUGUGAUGACUUCACAUUUGACAGGCUGCUUGUAAUCACACCUUACCCCAUCUUAUUUGGCUGCCCAAUGAGCACCUGAACUUGCAAUCUUGUGGUGUUUCUACAUUAUUAUUUUCUUGUGCUUUCUGGGUCCCUUUCACUUCACUUCUUUAAUUAUUAUAUUGUAAAUAUGAGAGAUACUUUUAAGUGCUGAAACACACUGGGAGCCACAGUGAUAUACCUCUUUGGCCAGAACACUGUUUGUAUUUUUUCAAAUGAUCAUGUCGAGUAGCUUUAUUUGGAAGUAUAAUAUUUUGUUCUCAUUAAAAAAAUUAAAUAAAUAUCAGUGGGAUCAAGAA